AUGAUAGUAACUGAAGGAGAAGAUUGUGAUGAUGGUAACACAAUUAGAUUUGAUGGAUGCAAUAAUUGUAAAUUUGAAUGCUAGAAAGAAUGUUAAACUUGUGUUAAUGGGUAAUGUUCAGUUUGUGCUCCUGGUUAUACUCUUUAAAAAACAAUGAAAAGAUGCUUUCCUACUUGUGGAAAUAAUUCUAUUGUUAGUGAAGAAUAAUGUGAAGAUAAUAAUGUGACUCCUUAUGAUGGUUGUUUUAAUUGUUUAUUUUAAUGUUAACCUUAAUGCACAAAUUGCAUAUAUGGAAAAUGUUAUCAGUGUGAUAAUUCAAUAGGUUAUUACAUUAAUUUGGCUACUUUUAAAUGUGUUACAGUUUGUGGUGAUUUAAUUCCUGCUGGUGGAGAAACAUGCGAUGAUGGAAACAAUGAUCCAUUUGAUGGAUGUAAUAAUUGUGCUUAUUCAUGUGAUUCUUUUUGUGAUUUAUGCAUUAUGGGAGUUUGUACUAAAUGCAAAUAAGGAUUCUAUUUAUUAAAUAAGAAUGGUAAAUGUGCCCCUAUAUGUGGAGACAAAAUUUUAACAUACAAUGAAGAGUGUGAUGAUGGCAAUUUAAUUAAUUAUGAUGGUUGUGAUUCAUGUGAUAAGACUUGUUAAGAAUAAUGUACUUCUUGUAUUUUAGGAACUUGUUAUGAAUGCAAUACACCAGGUUAUUAAUUAGACCUUAGACUCAAGAAGUGUAUUCCAAUUUGUGGGGAUAAUGUUUUAUCUCCAUUAAUUGAAUAAUGUGAUGAUGGUAACUAAAGAUUUGAAGAUGGAUGCUUUUAAUGUAAAUAUGAAUGUUAAGCUGAAUGCCAAACCUGUGCAGCAGGUAUGUGUUAUAGUUGCAAAAAAAACUAUUAUCUUAGUUCUGAAAAUACUUGUCUUCCUAUAUGUGGUGAUGGGGUUAUUACCAAAUAUGAAUUAUGUGAUGAUUAUAACUUUGUAAUUGAAGAUGGCUGUUCAAACUGCACUUUCUAAUGUGAAAAAUCUUGUAUUUAAUGUUUAUUUGGAAUUUGCCUAUCCUGUUAAAGCGGUUACUAUUUAAAUUAAUCAAAAAAGAAAUGUUUUCCUAUUUGUGGAGAUAAACUUAUUCUAGGAGAUGAAUAAUGUGAUGUUGGUAUUAUUUAAUUUGAUGAUCCAAUUAAAAAUAACACUGGAUGUAUUAACUGUUAAUUCUAAUGUUCUCCCUAAUGUGAAAUUUGUACCUAAGGUCAAUGUUUAAAAUGUAGAGAGUCCUUAGGAUGGUAUUUGGAUGAAGAAACCUUAUCUUGUUACAGUCUUUGUGGAGAUUCAAUAAUUACUGAUUAUGAGGAAUGUGAGGAUUUAAAUUCUUAACUAAAUGAUGGAUGUACUUAAUGUGUUUAUACUUGUUCAGAGUAAUGUUCUAAGUGCAUUUUUGGAUUAUGCUAGAAAUGUCAUGCAGGAUAUACUUUAAUUGAUUAAAAGUGCGUAUCAGUCUGUGGCGAUGGAAUAAUUGCUGGAAAUGAGGAAUGUGAUACAGGAAUUAUUACUUUUGAUGGAUUUGAAUGUUUGAAUUGUAAAUACAAAUGCUCAGAAGGUUGCAAUAAUUGUGUUUAUGGCAAGUGUUUAGAAUGCAAAAAUAAUUAUGGAUGGUAUUUGAGUUUAAAUGAUCAAUGUGAAUCGAAAUGUGGUGAUCUAAUUAUCAGCGACAUAGAGAAUUGUGAUACAAACUCAGAAUCUUGUGAAAAUUGUAAUUUUGUUUGUGAUGAUAAUUGUACUUAAUGUAAAUUUGGAAUUUGUUAAUAUUGUAAAAAAGGAUAUUAAUUAUUACUAAAUAAGUGUAUUAGUAUUUGUGGUGAUUCAAUUUAAACAAAUAUAGAAGAUUGUGAAAAUGAUGAUAUAAUUCCUUUUGAUGGUUGUUAUUUAUGUUAAUUUUAAUGUCAAAACGAAUGUUUACAUUGUAUCAAUGGUGAAUGUAUAUCUUGUAAUGAGAUUAAUGGAUGGUAUCUAUAAAAUAAAAGAUGUGAAACUAAAUGUGGAGAUGGGAUUAUAGCAGGAUUAGAAGAAUGCGAUAUAAGUUUGGAAUUAGAUAAUGGAGACAUAUCAACUAAUUAGUGUUUUAAUUGUAGAUUUUAAUGUGUUUCAAAUUGUUUAAAUUGUGAGAGAGGAAUUUGCAAUUAAUGUGAAAAUGGCUUUUUUUUAAAUGAUUAAAAUGAAUGUGAGAAUAUUUGUGGAGACUAAAUUAAUAAAGAUUUUGAGUUCUGUGAUGAUGAUAAUCUUGAUGCAUUUGAUGGUUGUUUCUAAUGUCAAUAUGAUUGCUCAGCAGAAUGUUAAGAAUGUGCAAAUGGUUAAUGUUAAUUGUGUUACGAUGGUUUCUAUUUGGAUAAUACUAAUUGGCAAUGUAAGUCUAUUUGUGGAGACAUGAAAACAACUUAAUAUGAAGAAUGUGAUGAUGGCAAUGAUAUACCUUAUGAUGGAUGUUACAAUUGCAAAUAUUCUUGUACUGAAAAUUGUUAAAAUUGUAUAAAAGGAGUUUGUUCAAGUUGCAAUUAAGGGUAUGUACUCUCAUUUCCUAAAUGUAUGGUGGAUUGUAAAGAUCUAAUUAAUGGGUAGAAUUAGGAUAAAUGUUAUUAAAAAGAAUGUUAACGAGAGUGUUUGAUUUGCGUAAAGGGUGAUUGCUUUUAGUGUUAAAAUGGAUGGUAUUUAAAUUAAAUAGAACAUACUUGUGAAAGUAUGUGUGGAGAUAAUAUAAUAGUUGGAUUAGAAUAAUGUGAUAAGCCUUAAUUAUUAUUAAGGGAUGACUCUUUUUGUAAUAGUUUGUGUUAAUUUAUAUGUCCUUAUUACUGUGCUACUUGCUCAUUUGGUAUUUGUCAUUAAUGUUUGAAUGGAUAUAAUUUGGUAGAAAAUGAAUGUUAGAAUAAUUGUGGUGAUGCCAUUAUAACAGAGAUAGAACAAUGCGAUGAUGGUAAUAGCGAAGCAUUUGAUGGAUGUUACAAAUGUUCUUUUGAUUGUUCUAAAUAAUGUGCAUUAUGUAUUUAAGGAAAAUGUGAGAUGUGUUAAUCAGGAUAUGAAUUGAAAAAUGGAAAUUGUUUACCAAUAUGUGGAGAUGGAAUUGUUACAAUAGAUGAAGAUUGUGAUGAUUUAAAUUCUAUAAAAUUUGAUGGUUGUAAUUAAUGUAAAUAUGAAUGUGAUUAGAAUUGUAUUUUUUGUGAAUUUGGUUAAUGUAUAUUUUGUUCAAAUGGAUAUUAUUUAUAAGGUUAAAUGUGUUUAUCGAUUUGUGGAGAUGGGUUGAUAGUUGGAAAUGAACAAUGUGAUGAUAGUAAUUUAAUUGAUGAAGAUGGAUGUUUUGAGUGUCAUUAUUCUUGUCAACAAUAAUGUGUUAAUUGUUAAUAUGGAUCCUGUAUAUUAUGUGAUUAAGAAAAAGGAUGGCAUACAACACCUUAAGGAGAUUGUUAACCCUUUUGUGGAGAUUAAAUAAUAGCAGGAGUAGAAUAAUGUGACGAUGGUAAUGAAAUUAAUUUUGAUGGUUGUUAUGAAUGUGAAUUCAUAUGUUAAGAACCAUGUACAAAAUGUAUUAAUGGUUAAUGUUAUGAAUGCAAUACUCCAGGAUGGAGAUUAGAAAAUUAUUUUUGUUGGGAAAUAUGUGGUGAUGCACUCAAAGUUGGUAUUGAAGAAUGUGACGAUGGAAAUGAUAUACCUUAUGAUGGAUGCUUUUAGUGUAAAACUUAAUGUGAAGAGGCUUGUACUGUUUGUUUGGAUGGAUAAUGUGAAUAGUGUACAUUUGGUUGGUAAUUAAAUGAUAAACACAGAUGUGGAACAAUUUGUGGAGAUAAGUAUGUCAUACCUAAAUUUGAAGAUUGCGAUGAUGGUAAUCUAUUACCAUUUGAUGGAUGUUAUGAAUGCAGUUAUUAAUGUGUUUAAUUUUGUACUGAUUGUAGAAAAGAUGUUUGUUACGAAUGUAAUACACCUGGUUGGACUUAUGAUUAAAAAACAUAAUCAUGUGUACCUAUUUGUGGAGAUGGAAUUGUUAAUGGAUAUGAAGAAUGUGAUGAUGGCAAUCUCAUUGAAAAUGAUGGAUGUAGUAAUACUUGUGAAUAUUAAUGUCAUCUUGCUUGUCUUAAUUGUGAUAAUGGUAAAUGUUUAGAAUGUGAUCGUUACUUGGGAUAUUUUAAAUCAAAUAAAUAAUGUGCAUCAGCAUGUGGAGAUGGAUUGUGGGAAUAAAAUACAGAGUAUUGUGAUGAUGGAAAUCUUAUCAAUUAAGAUGGUUGUGAUAAGAAUUGUAGAGUUGAACUUGAUUGGUAUUGCAAAAAUGAAGCCUUACAAAUUAGUAUUUGUAUCUAUAAAAAACAACCAACUAUUUAAUUAAAGUUAUUGUCAUAAAAAGAAAGUCUUUCUGAAAUUGAAGUGACAUUUUCAACUUUAAUGAUGCUAUAAUCAAAUAUUGUUUUGAUAGAAAAUAAUGAAACCAAUCCUCUUAAUACUGAUUAAGCACUUUUCUUAAUUAGAAUAGAUGAAUUGACUGAUGCAGAUUAUGAAUACCAAAUUGAACCUAUUGUUAGUGUUUAAGAUUUUCCUUAAGACAUUAAAUAUAUCAUUAAGUUGAAUCUUUUAAAUAAUGUUUCUUAUGAUUAAGUCAAUAUUUUAGUAAUUGUUGAUAAAAGGCUUAUUAUAACAGAAGACUAAGUUAAUCUAGAUAAAAAUUCAGCUCAAUUAAGAAUACCUGUUCCUUAUAUUCAAAAUUCAUUUUCUUAAAAAGUAGUUGAACUAUUUUCAAAUGCUAAUGAAAUAUCCAUGUAUGCAGCAACCGGUGUUUCACUGAUUAGUAUAUUUUCAUCAGGAUAUUCAAAUCUUUUCAUGACUCUAGAUACUAUUUAAUACCUAUAUUACACAAGAUAUAUCAAUUUGGAUUUCCCUGAUAAUUUACAAAAGAAUAUGGACAAUCUAAAAAAAUCAACACCGAGUUAAUUAGUGUAAAAUAAAUUAGGCCAAACUGGAUUACCCUAAACAAUUACAACAUAACCUAAUUAAACAGUGGAAGAAAUGCCAAAUAAAUUUAAAUAAGAUAAUUUACAAUACGAAUUUACUUCGAAUAUAAAAAUAACGGCUGUCUCACUAUCAGCAGGUCUAACUAUAUUCUUAACUACAUUAUCCAUAUCCAAAUUGCUACAUUUAAUUCCUCCACAUAAAUUAAAUGAUUUUGGUUCUAUUAUUGGUGGAGGCAUUUUAAAAGUUAGGUAGAAAUGUACUAAGCUCUCUAAUGACUUUGUUUACUCUGGAGCUAUUAGAUUAAUAACGAUCAAUUUUUAUGAAAUGCAAUUUGCUUCAUUAUUGUAGCUAACACAUGUUGAUUUCAAUUCUUAUAAUGAUAUCACUAAUUCAAGUGGAGCAAUUGCAACUUUAGCAUUUAGUUUCGCUUUUACUAGUCUUCUUGUUCAGAAAAUAAGAUAAAUCUAAACUAAAUAAUCUAUCACAAUGAAGCAUUACAUUCGCACAUUAUUACAAUAAGAUCAUAAAGAUCUUUAAAAAUCAACAUGGCAAAUACAAUAUAAUACAAUCCUACUCGUAAAGAAAUCGUUUUACAUGUUUACGAUUGUUUGUUUUUAAAGUUAAGGUCUUUAUUAAACUAUUGGUGUGGCCACAUAAGCAGCAGCAUUUGCUACUUAUUUGGCUGUAUCUUCACCAUUUUCAAAUAGUGAAGACUAAAUCAAAUAAAUGAUUACAGAAUUAGGAAUGUUAGCUAAUUCUCUAAGUUUUUGUACAUAUUAUACCCACGAAUAUUUUUCCAUAUCUUAAGAAAGUUUAAAUUAAGUUGGAUGGUUUAAUAUAGGCAUUUUUACAACUGUAUUAUCUUCUAACUUGGCAGUUGAUCUUAUUACUCAAACGAAAGUAAUAUAUAAAAAAGUGAAGAAAAAAAUCAAUAAAUUCAUUCAAUCUUAAAUGCCUUCAUAAUCAAGAGUAUAACCUAUAUUUGUAUGA